UCUGUUUUUAUUUCAUGUGUUUUAAUACUGCACUCUUUAAUUUAUUAUAGUUUUCAAUGCCAGAAGAAGAAAGUCAAACUAUAAUGGCAGUUGAUGAACUUCAAGCCAUAAUACAAAGAUGCCAAAUUCUGGAAGAAGCUGAUUUCAAAGGAGAAGAUUUUAAUCUGUUUCAGGUAGCAGGUCAGAAAUGUUUAGAAGAUGGGUAUGCAGCUCAGUUAUUAGAAGUAAUUCAAAAUGAGAAAAAUAAGGUUAUCAUCAAGAAUAUGGGUUGGAAUCUCAUCUCUCCUCUUGUUAGAUGUAUUUUCAUGUAUAAACUGGAAGAUGAUAAGCGAGAGCACUGCCUGAAGAUACUAGAUCAGUUGGCACAGCUAUGCAAUCCGAAGGAACUUUUUUUGGGUUUACUUGAGCAGAUUGAGCAGACCUCUGGAGAGCAAGUGUGCCAAACUGUCAUGUUAUUGCUUCAGCCUUUGCAGAUAGUGCUUUUGAAACUUCAGAACAAGAAGGCCUACUCAGUGGGUUUAUCUUUGGCGAUGAUUAUGAAUCAGCUUACUGCCUUACCCGUACCUUAUACAAAACAACAAAUACAAGAAGAUAAACUUGGUCUCUGUCAAUGUUGUAAUGCAGUGGUGGACUUUGCUAAACCCUUUGUGAAUGAAGUUGUUAAAAACAUGGAAAAGUCAUCAGAAUACAAUGACAUGGAGCUGAAAGAAGAAUUAUUAAAAUUCUGUAUGAAAAGCCUGAAAUAUCCAUUAUUGACAGCUCAGCUUGAGCAACUUGAAGGCAUUGAAGAACAUCCCUUUCGGUGUUUUGCAACUGAAAUUAUAGACAUUUUGUGGGAUAUUAGAGAACUGAUACCAUUAGUGUUUUUACAUCGUAAAGGCAAAAGUCCACACUGGGAGAAUCAGGAGUUUGCGGACAUAGAGCAAAAGAAUUCUGCAGAUUCUUUGGCAUGUCUGUCAUAUCUGAUGUUUGUUCAGCAUUUUGGUAUUGAUUGCUUUCCAGCGGUAUUUAGUCCAUCAUACCUUCUGCAGUGCAACAUGACGCAUAUUGAAGUGCUACUGAAAAGAACAGAAGAAUCUAUGUUAUCUAAAGGACUUGACCUGUUUGAGAGCUGUUUAUUGAGAAUGGAAGAUAACAGCCUUCUCCAUCAGUAUUUAGAAUUCAGAGAUUUUAUUGAUGUACCUCAGGAUUUGGUGAAAGUUAUGACCCUUUGUCCCAUAGAGCAUCUGAGAAAGAAGAGUUUAAAUAUUUUGCAGUUGUUCAUAGACAAGUUUGACGCAGAGGGAAAAUAUACAUUAUUCAGGUGUUUACUGAAGACAAGCAACCAUGCUGGUGUGGAAGGAUACAUUAUUAAAAACAUAAAAGAUCAGAUUCACUUAUCGUUAACGAAGGCAUGUGACAACAUUUGGUUUACGGGACAUCACCUGAUCUCGCUUCUGGAUUUAGUGCUUUUGCUUCCAGAAGGUGCUGAGACAGAUCUUCUGCAAAACUCAGAUAGGAUUAUGGCGUCACUAAAUCUACUAAGAUACUUAGUCAUUAAGGAUUGUGAAAGUGAUAAUCAAACUGGUGUAUGGACCACACUUGCCAAGAUUGAGCAAAAUUUCUUAAAACCACUGCACGUAGGACUCAAUAUGUCAAAAGCGCACUAUGAAGCAGAAAUAAAGAACAAGAAAGAAAACAGAAGAGAGGCACACAGUUCUAACACAGUUUGUUCUCUAACUGUUAGUGGGGAAAAGAUGCCUGCCAUGACUACUGACAUGCAGCUUCAGGUUUUACACUCGGCCCUCUUCACAUUUGAUUUAAUAGAAAGCGUUCUAGCUCGAGUAGAAGAACUCAUUGAAGUGAAAAUAAAAGCUGUAAUGGAUGAAAAUAGUUAGGUCAGCUGAAGUAUUUGAAUUAACAUACUUCUUAUAAGAUCAUUUUGACCAUGAGGCUUUAGUUGAAAAGGAGGCUACCAACCUUUAAAGAAGAGCAAUUCAGAGUGGCCUCUAGAAGAAUUGCAAGUGCUGCUCUUCAUAAGUCUUCUUGCUGUUCUUUUUUUAUUUUCUUUUUCCAUUGUUGUGUGCGAUUCAGACAGAUGGCCUCUUUACCGAAAUACUGCUCUUCAGAAUUUGAUGCUUUUUCUUAAGUUUAGAAACUAAAAACAAGGGGGUUUUUUGUUCUUAUGCUGUGGCAAGAAGGUAUGGUUGUGUAUUUAUUUUUGUUGAUUUUCAGAAUUUGUUAGAUAUAGUUGCUGACUGGUGUUGUGAAUUACAAAGUUUGUUGUUUUUUUUUUUUUUUUUAAAGUGACUGGAGAGCCAUUGAUUAAAAAGCACCGUUUAAGCGCAAGGUAUUUUUAUUAGUGCUUUUUAACGUUGAAAAACAAGCUUCUGUAUUUACAAACAAGACUGUAAGGCAUAGAUAGAUAAUAGUAGAAACACUAUGGCAAAGGAAACCAGGUUUAAAGAGAAACACAUCAACUUUGAGCC